AUGACGCGCAUCAUCAUAAUACGAAAGCCGCGCUCUUCCUCUCCCACCACUUCGCCUUCAAUCCCUUCCUCCCCAGCUUCAUCCAGUACCGCCUCUUCGCCUUCUCAUACUCCCAUCACUAGAAGCGCCACCAAAACCCAAGUCCGACUGUAUCGCGGCUCGAAAGAAUGCCCCAUUUGCAAGGCGAUUAUCGUCAACCGCAACAAUGCACUAAAGCGUCACAUUGACAGACACGCGACACUCGCCGAACUCGAAACCACGAACUUCGAUCUCGAGCCCGACCGAAACGGGCUAUCUGAUGCCGACACAGCUCGCGCCCGCAAGAUGUGGCAGUCCAUCCCUGCCAGCAUCCGCAACUCUGGUGGUAUCUUCCAAGAUGGCCCUCUUGCUGGAAAGGGAGAAGUCGCCGGUAUGCCCGAGGUGUUCAUGGUAAAUGGCCGACUCAAGAAGAAGUUUAUGUGGAUUCGGAAGGACCUUGGUGGGCGAAUUGGACGACGACCUUUGAAGGCCUUGAAGGAUGGGAACUCUGGGGCUGCCGACUCACCGAACAAGUAA